AAGGUCGACACCCAUGAAGCAGAUAAUGAACACAUCGAGACGAUCGCGGGUAGCACGGCCUUCAACGAUGCGUUGUUGCGAGAGCACCCUAGCCUGGUGAACUCGACCACCCUUCUGCUCUUUGCAUGCACUCUUCUUGGUUGCUUGUGCCAGUCAGUCNNGACAAUGAACGGCUAUGACGGAAGCUUGCUCAACGGCUUGCUCAUCAACCCACAGUUCAAGACUUUCUUCCAUGGUUCAAAUGCUGGAAUCUGGGCUGGUAUCGUAUCGUCCAUGUACCAGAUUGGUGGCGUCGUUGCACUUCCGUUCGUCGGUCCCGCUAUCGAUACAUGGGGACGUCGAUGGGGUAUGUUCAUCGGCUCCUUCAUCAUCAUCCUCGGUACAAUCAUCUCCGGAACCACUUUCCAGGAUGCAAAGCUUGGGCAAUUUAUGGGCGGCAGAUUUAUUCUCGGAUUUGGUGUUUCCAUCGCCUCUGCUGCAGGACCCAUCUAUGUUGUCGAGAUGUCUCAUCCCGCAUACCGAGGAAGGGUGACUGCUUACUGCAACACCUUCUGGUUCACUGGAAAUAUCGUCGCAGCAGGUGCCGUCCGAGGUGGCCUGAACCUGACAGGCAAUUCUUCUUGGCUUUUGCCUCUCUGGCUCCAGUUGGCCUGCCCUGCAAUCAUUUGCGCGCUCGUCUGGGUCAUCCCCGAGUCGCCUCGAUGGCUCUAUGUUAACAACAAGCAAGAUUCGGCCACAGCGACUCUCGCCAAAUGGCAUGGUCAGGGCAACCCAGAAAGCGCUUGGGUCAAGUUGCAACUCUCCGAAUACGAAGACUUCUUGAAUUUGAACGGUGCCGACAAGCGAUGGUGGGAUUACAGCGCCUUGUUCAAGAAGGCUAGCUCCCGCUACAGACUUGCUAAGUUCAUGCACAAGAUAUGCAACGCUGUCCUGACUUACUUCAUUGGAGCUGUGCUCGAUACUGCUGGCUACCAUAAAUCAAUUGAGCAAGCCAACAUUAACCUGGGCUACUCAUGCUUCCAAUUCGUAUUCGCUCUCACCGGAUGCGCAUUUGUCGACAAGUUUGGCAGACGUCCUCUCAUGCUGGGUGCCAUGGCUGGUUGCGCUGUUGUUUGGGUUGGUAUGACCACCGCCAGUGGCUUGUUCGCAGACACUAAGGACCCUGCCGCCGCUAAAGCGACCGUUGCCAUGAUCUUUAUGUUUGGUGCGGUCUUCUCCUUCGGUAUCACUCCUCUCCAGGCUUUGUACCCUGUCGAGGUACUGUCCUUUGAGAUGCGUGCCAAGGGUAUGGCCUUCUCCAGUCUGGCUGUCAAUGCUGGUGGCCUGCUCAACCAGUUUGCCUGGCCUGUUUCUCUCAAGAACAUUGGCUGGAAGACUUAUAUCAUCUUCAUCAUCUGGUGUGUCGCCCAGACUAUCAUCAUUUGGGUGUGGUUCCCGGAGACCAGAAACCGCACUGAACUCGACGACAUCUUCGAAUCUCCCAACCCAGUCAAGAAGUCUCUGGAGAAGAAGCAAGUUUUGGUCAGCGAGCAACACGGUGUUGCUGUGAUCGAGAAGGUUGUGGCGUAA